CCUGCCAAGAGCCAAGGUCCCCAUCAGCCAGCCCGUCCACGAGGCUGGCGGGGGACCCACCUGGGCGCCGUCCGAGUGCCCACAGCCCCGGUGAGGCUCCCAGCAUCUGAGAACGGGCGGCCCGACGCCACCUGCUGGGGACUCAGGGUGAGACGGGAGGGUGAGGUCUCUCCAGACCCCAGGACUUCCGGACCCAGCCUACCUGUGACAAAGGCCCUCCUGUCCCUCCUUCGGGCACACUCUGGCCGUAAGGAAGGGGACCACGCAUCGGGAGGCCCUGGGGACUUGGACACAUCGCACCUGCCUCCAUGUCCACCCAGGCUGCACCGAUCCCCAUAACAGGAGGGUCCCCCCGCUCUCGGUCCCUCUUCCCUGAGGAGGGUAACCCCCCUCCGAGCCCGCAGCCGCCCCGCUCAGCUAUGAACUGAGCACCUUCUGCAGCCGGAGCUGGGGAAUCAGAAGCCAACAGGCCACCUGCAGCUCCUGUUGUCCCCGAAUUUAUAGUGUGUGGAGCAGAAACAAUAAAUAAACCCAGAAGAAAAUGCGGAUUAAGCUCAAAGCCUGGAGGAAAGAGACGGGGGUGGGGUAUAGACUGGGGUUUGAGGAGGGCUGCUUGGAGGAGGCAGAGGCCACAAGCUGCCCAGGGAGCAGCAGGCUCCGAGCUGGUGCCGGAAGAGCCACAGGGCCAGGGGGCUGGGUUUUAUCCUCCGUGCUAUGAUGAAUCCGGAGACUUUUAAGCAGGGCUGCAUCAGAUUUAUGCCCACUGUGUGGCCGAGGACAGAGGGAGCCAACGGGUGGCUGGGCCGCAUUGAAGACGGUCAGGGACGGGCUGGUGGCGGGUGUGUCUUCCGUGGGUUGAGGGGUUGCCCUGCACCUGGGAGGCUUCUCGGGGGGGUCUGCAGGUUGUUGUCUGUCCCUUGGUCCUUGCUGAGCCUUGGUCCUGUGGUUGGUGUGGGCGUCUGUCCCUCGGUCCUUGCUGAGCCCGGCGGUCCUGUGGUUGGUGUGGGCAUCUGUCCUGCCCCCACACUUUUCCUUGGAGCUCUGGCCUUGGAGUGGGGUGGGGAGGACUUGGCACUCCUUUGGCCUUUCUGUCCCCCAACCCGAGAGGUGCGUUUGGGGGAAGAUUUCGUAGAUAUUUGUAGCUCGUAUAGAUGCGUUUUAAACAACGAGGUCUAAUUUGCACGUAGCAGAACUCACUUUUUAGUGUUAGCUCUGCGAGUUUAUAGACAGACGCAGGCCCUGCCACGGCUGGGCAUCUUCCUGUUCCUGGGGACUGGCCUAUUCUGGAAGGUUCUAGAAAGGAAUCUCCAUCUGCAGUCUUCCUGAAAAGGCCUCUCUCACUCAGGAAUGCAUCUGGGAUUUGUCUAAGCAUGUUACCUGAGUGGAUGGUUUGUUCUUUCCAUGCCCUCCUGCCACGGAGGACCCGUCAUCCUGGUAGCCGCGGGAGACACUUGGUGGCUUCUGCUUUUUGGUGGUGGUGCGUAGAGCCCUCCAAACACCCACGAGCAAGGGUUUGCCAAAGUUUUCAUUUUUCUCAUGUAAACACCGAGGUGUGUGAUCGUCAUAUUGUCUGGGAAAUGAGUGUGUCCCUUUCUGAGAAUUGGCCACAUGCUGGCGUCCCGACAGCGAGUCCUUGCUGGAUGGCGACUGGCCGCUCCCAGAGCUGCGGCGUGUCUCAGAGCAGCUUCGCCUUACGUGUCCCCUGACUCACGGAUGCAAGUUCACAUGUUUAUUUUCCAUCUGGACGUCGUCUUGGGUGAAGUGGCUUUUCAAAUCUGUUGCCUGUUUUUUGUUUUUUUUUAACUUGGGUUGCUUAUUUUUCUUAUCAUUGCAUCUUGAGAGUUCUUUACAGAUUCAGGAUUUAAGUCUUUUAUCAGAUGCAUGUUCUGUAAAUAUUUUCAAGUCCCAGUGACUCUGGGACCUGGCCAGAGCUGGGAUCCCCUGAAACCCAGAGCAGGCGGCACUCAGAAGCCCUCUGCUUCUCCCCUCCUUCCCUGCUGGGGGACAUGGGUCUUUCUCUGGCCCUGUAGGCCCUUCCACUCUGGAGCACUUAGCAGCGCACGCCCCUGCUCAGAGGCCACCAGGUGGUCCUCCAGUGGAGUCUCUGUUGCUCUGUCUGCAUGCACAUGAGAGGUCACUCGGGAGGCCUUGCCAGUGACCCCCACCAGCCCGUGGCGCCUUCCUGGCGACACUCGGGGCUGCACGCUUAUGCAACCGUUGAUAAGGUGGUUGUGACGCCAUAAUCCACCCUAAGUGGCGGCUCAGCUCCGCCCUCCAGACAGGCCCGCUGGAGGCUCAGUUGGUGGCUGCGGAGGGGGCGGUGGGGUCCAGAGUGAGGGGCACCCCGGCCUCUGAUGUCCCCUCGGUCACGGCUGGGCUGGCCAGUGGUGACUCCACUCCUGUCGGGGGGGAGUGAGUGAGGACUUUGGGGGCCCAGACCCUGAGUAGGGGCCUGCUGGCUAGAGCACCCCCAAGCACUCUGGGUCCCCAGCCCCAGCAGUCUGGAGGUGGAUGGAGGCCAAGAUGAGGUCUCUCCUUGGUCCUAGGUGACUGGCUGGCAGGUCUGGAUUGGGAGAGGUGAGAGGUGAGAGCCUGCCUCUCUGGAGCCCUCCAGGAAAUGACCCCUGGGGCUGGUGGGGGAUCUUGGGUGAUUGUGCGGGACAAUGGACAAAGAGGGCUGAAUUUCCAGAGCCACAUGCCUUCUGCUGCCUGACUGCUCCUCGGCGGAGCCCAGCUGGUGGGCUGGGCUAUAAAGCCUGGCCUCCUGGGGCUCGGAUUCAGGUGCCAGGGGCUGGAGAGCAGGCAUGGUGAUGAAGUGCAUCCUGCUGGGCCAGGUCCUGGUGCUGCUCUGGGUGUCCGUGGCUUGGGCUGAGGUCCUGGUGCAGCCCGAUUUUGAUGCUAAGAAGUUCUCAGGCCUCUGGUAUGUGGCCUCCAUGGUCUCCGACUGCAAGGUCUUCCUGGGCAAGAAGGACCACCUGCUGAUGUCCACCAGGGCCAUCAAGGCCAUGGCGGGGGGCAACCUCAGUGUCCACAUGGAGUUCCCUCAGGCUGAUGGCUGUCACCAGGUGGAUGCUGAGUACCUGAGGGUGGGCUCUGAGGGCCACUUCAGAGUCCCAGCCCUGGGCUACCUGGACGUGCGCAUCGUGGACACAGACUAUAGCUCCUUCGCCGUGGUCUAUAUCUACAAGGAGCUGGAGGGAGCGCUCAGCACCAUGGUGCAGCUCUACAGCCGGACCCAGGAAGCAAGUCCCCAAGCUGUGAAGAUCUUCCGGGACUUCUACCCCACCGUGGGGCUCCCGGACGACAUGAUGGUCAUGCUGCCCAAGUCAGAUAUGUGCUCCUCUGGGGACAAGGAGGCUCCCUGACACCUGCGGAGACCCACCUCGGCCCUUCCCAGGUGGGAGGGAGGCAGGGUGACUCCUCCGUCCUGUUCCCCAGGGCCUCUGCCCUGGCUGCCGUGCACCCUGCCUCCCGCGAUCCCACUCCCCACACCCUCCCACCCAGGUGCCUGGCCGUCCACUUUCACGAUUCAGGCCUCAGCUUACAUGCUACCUCUUCCAGGAAGCCUCCUCUGAUUUCCUAGGGCUGCCUUAACAAAUUACCACAUAUGACAGAAGUGUACUCCCCACAGUUCUGGGGGCCAGAGGCCCAAAGUCAAGGAGUGGGCCGGGCUGGUUCCUUCUGGAAGCUCUAGGGCAGAAUCUCGGCCUCUCCCAGCUUCUGCUGGUGCUGGCGGUCCUCAGCGUCCCUUGGCUUGUAGACCCACCCCUGCUACCUCUGCCUCGAUUGUCACCCGGCUGUCCUCCCUCUGCGUGUGUUCAAAUGUCCCUCUUCUUACGAGGGCACCGGUCACGGGGGCCGGGCCCACCCUACAUCCCUCAUCUCCAUCCUUAACUGGUCACAUCCACAAAGACCCUGUCUUCAAGUAAGGUCCUGUUCUGAAGACCUGGGUGGACAUGAAUUUUGGGGGAUGCUGUCAAUCCAGUAUGCUGUGUGUCCCAUAGCCUCUGACUCACCCCCUGGGUUGCUGGGCCUUGGAACUGUCUGGGUACUUGGUCUCCCCCAGAGGGUCCCAUGAGGUGGGAAUUGCCACCUUGCGGAUCACUGCUGUCACAGGGCUGGGUCCCCGGGAGCCCUUGGGACAUGGAAACGGGUGGGCUCUUGGGGACACCUUCCCCCUGAGUACGUGCCAGGAAACUGUCCAGCCUCUUGCUGAGUUCACAGUGAAUAGUUUGGGAACCCACAUAAAACAAUAAAUAACAGAAGUGUCAGAGGCAGCCCUGUGGACCCUCCUGGCAGGCCUGUGUUUGUGUGGUGGGGCUCCUUCCUCACCCUGCAGGGAGCGUGCCCGGCACCCCUCCCACCACCCCUCCCAGCACCCCUCCCGGGACCCCACCCGGCAUCCCGCCUGGCAUCCUGCUCUCCCUGGCUGUGCUGGCUAUUCACCCAGUGGGGUGUUUGGGCUGUUUAGACUUCUCAUGGGUCUAGAAGAUGCUGCCAGCCUCCUGGCCCUGUCUGCACCACACAGGCGGUUGUCUUUGGUGGGAGGAGGGGGGUAGGGAUGUGUCAGAUCACCCUCUGGAAGGUUCUACCUUCGGAGAGUAUGAGCCCCAGCUUCUCGCUGCGUGCUCCGCCCCAACUUUCAGGGUGAAGCGCCCCAAGUUGACCCCCUCUCAGGUGCUGAGUCUGGGGGUUUUGUUGUGCUUUAGUGGCCUCUGGUGUGCCUGGGGGGGCACCUGCUGUGGAUGGGGGCAGCUAGAGGCUCUGAGGAGUGUUUGUUGAGAGUGGGUGCAUGGAGUGACCGUGCCUUUCCUGUCUGGCAGGGUGAGCUGGACCAGCAGACCUUGUCGUCCCGAGUUGUCUGGACCCACCAUCCUCCUGGGUCACCCCCUUUUCUUUAUGCCCGGACCUCCCUCUUCCACGCAAUAAACAUAUUCUGCAGUCUA